AUGGAUUAUGGUGCACUCCGAGGUUGGAUCAUCUGUGGAAGACACUUCAACUGUGCACCACAUCAUUUCAAUCAUUGCAACAGACACAUUCAGAGGUCACUUCAACCUUUGAACAACUCUUCAAGAUGCUCAUCGCUCAGGAGCACAAGAUCAAGACACCAAUCAACGUUCAAAUGUCACACGUUCAAUCAACAAUCAACAACAUCAUCAAUGAUCGUUCGUCAUGUCCUACAUGUUGAACAGGUGCCCUAUGAUGGUGUGGCUUCACUUCGAUUACAAGCAUGUCGGUUAAAGAUUGAUCUUGAUCUGAAGGAUGUCAAGGAGAAGCUCAAUGAUUGGUUCACAAUCCUCGAACCUGGACGAGCAGGAUCUUGGGCGGGAAACAUCCUGUCACUUGGUUUCGGAUCAAACGCAUUGUUCUCACUAGAGACAUCGGUGUGGAGAACCAUCGACUUCUCCGCUAGAUCUUACAGUUGUGUGACAAACUCUGUAGUAUAUGCCCAUGGAAAUAUUUACGUGUUUGGAGGCUAUGAAGAGCCACAGUACUCUCGAUACUCAAUAUUUGAGGAACAAGAACACACUGCCCCAAUGACUGGCCUGCAGGCCAGUAUAAAUUUGUCAGCAUGCUACAAUGGAGACAAGUACAUCUACCUGUUCGGUGGAGAUGAUGAAACGGGCUACAAAGGAAAUCAAGUGGAUCGAUUCAACAUCUUCACUCAUCAGUUUGAGAGUGUUGGAACUCUUCCUUUCCAGCUGUCCAAUGCCUGCACACACUUCCACAAACAAUCCAACUCGAUCAUUGUUGUUUGUAAAGAUGGAACUGUCCACUCAUUCAAUCUCAACACAUUGGCCACCGCAUUGCUCAUGGACCCCCCAGAUGAAGAGGAGUAUAAUAUUACCAGUUGCUUCGAUGGCCAUGACAACCUCUACAUGCUAGCCUAUGACUGUGACGGUAAUGGUGAUUUCUAUCGAUACAAACUCUCCACCAAAGAGAUAACCAUUCUCAGCAGCUAUGAUAGAAGGCGUCUUCAUCAAGAAUUCCGAAUCAUAUAUCAUCAACCGUUUGGCAUCAUGCUUGUUGGUGGCUACGGCUACACCCUUAUAUACUCUGUUGAUGAUGAUGAAUGGUCUUUGCUCGAUACUGACAACGACGAGGCAGGAAGCCGUGGAAGCCAAGGAGCAUGCUUGGUCCUUGAA